CUAUCCACACGCUCCCGGCCGGCAUGGCAUAAACCCCUCCCCCUCCCAUGUCCCCGCCCCUGCAGUAGCGAGUCCGCGUCCAUGGCCACGCCCGCCCCUCGCGCCGCGCCGGCGGCGGCCCCGCUCCCGCUCCUCCUCCUCCGCCUCCACCCGCCGGCCCUGGUCCGCCUCCCGCUCCCUCGCCUCCGCCUCGCGGCCCCGGCCGCCACGGCGACGGCGGCCUCGGCCGCCGUCGCCCCCGACGACAUAUCGCAGCUCAACCACCGCCUCCGCGCCAUCGUCCGCCGCCGCGACGCCGCCGCCGUUGCCCGCGGACCAUCGUCCCCCGGCCCCGUCGACCCGGUCCAGGCGGAGGCCUACCUCCGCAUGAUCCGCGACCAGCAGCGGCUCGGCCUCCGCCAGCUCCGCGGCGAGUCGGAGAGCGACGACGGAGAGGAGGAGGACGGAGAGAGCGGAGGCGGCGGGGAGAAGAAGAAGGGGAUGGCGGCGGGGAGCUCGCUGGGGCACCGGGUGGACCCGCGGGAGCUGGAGCCCGGGGAGUACGUCGUGCACAAGAAGGUCGGCAUCGGCAAGUUCGCCUGCAUCAGCGCCGAGGACGGCGUCGAUUACGUCUUCAUCCAGUACGCGGACGCCAUGGCCAAGCUCGCCGUCGACCAGGCCGCGCGCAUGCUCUACCGAUACAACCUGCCUCAUGAGAAGAAGAGGCCACGGAAUUUGAGCAAGCUGAAUGAUAAUUCCACUUGGGAGAAGAGGAGACUAAAAGGGAAGCUUGCUGUUCAGAAGAUGGUUGUCAACUUGAUGGAACUGUAUUUGCAAAGGAUGAGGCAGAGAAGACCUCCAUACCCAAAGCCAGCGGCAAUGGAUGACUUUGCUGCUGAAUUUCCUUAUGAGCCUACUCCAGACCAAAGCCAGGCUUUUAUAGAUGUUGAGAAAGAUCUGAUGGAAAGGGAAACACCAAUGGAUAGAUUGAUCUGUGGAGAUGUGGGUUUUGGCAAAACAGAAGUUGCAAUGCGUGCUAUAUUCACUGUUGUAUCUGCAGGAUAUCAAGCUAUGGUUCUCGCACCAACUAUAAUACUUGCCAAGCAACAUUAUGAUGUAAUGUCUGAGCGUUUUUCCAACUAUCCUGAUAUAAAGGUUGCCAUAUUUAGUGGUGCCCAGAGCAAAGAGGAGAAAGAUGAGCUAUUAACAAAGAUUAAGAAUGGGGAUUUGCACAUCAUUGUCGGAACUCAUGCUAUUCUUACAGAAAGAAUGGCCUAUAACAAUCUUGGUCUCCUAGUGGUGGAUGAAGAACAAAAGUUUGGUGUCCAACAGAAGGAGAAGAUUGCAUCAUACAAGUCUUCUAUUGAUGUUCUUACACUCUCCGCAACACCCAUUCCACGUACUCUGUAUCUGGCUUUGACUGGUUUCCGUGAUGCAAGUUUAAUGUCUACACCACCACCUGAAAGAGUUGCUGUAAAGACAUAUGUGUCAGUAUUUAGUAAAGAAAGGGCUCUAUCAGCUAUCAAGUUUGAGCUGCAGCGUGGCGGUCAAGUUUUCUAUGUCGUACCUCGAAUAAAAGCAAUAGACGAUGUGUUGCAUUUUCUCAAGGACUCUCUGCCGGAUGUACCAAUUGAUGUUGCUCAUGGAAAGAAAGUGUCAAAGACCAUACAACUAGCUAUGGAAAAAUUUGCUUGUGGAGAAGUCAAAAUUCUUGUCUGCACACAUAUCAUUGAAAGUGGAAUAGAUAUUGCAAAUGCUAAUACAAUGAUUGUCCAGUAUGCUGAACUAUUUGGACUCGCGCAGCUGUAUCAGUUACGAGGAAGAGUAGGACGAUCAGGCAGAGAAGGUUUUGCAUACCUCUUCUACACUGAUAAGUCUUUGCUCUCAAGGGUUGCAAUGGAUAGACUUGGAGCUAUCAAAGAGCAUUCAGACCUUGGUCAAGGUUUCCAUGUUGCAGAGAAGGAUAUGGGUAUUAGGGGGUUUGGAAGCUUGUUUGGUGAGCAACAAUCUGGAGACGUUGCAAAUGUCGGCAUCGAUCUAUUUUUUGAUAUGCUUUUUGAUAGCUUGUCAAAGGUUGAUAAAUUUUGUCUUGUACCCGUUCCUUACAAAGAUGUUCAGCUGGAUAUAAACAUUUCUCCGCAUCUCUCCUCUGAAUAUAUAAGUUACCUUGAAAAUCCAGUUGAAUUGCUCAAUGAAGCAGCAAAAGCUGCAGAGAAAGAUCUAUGGACUUUAAUACAAUUCACAGAAGACCUUCGUCGACGAUAUGGAAAGGAGCCCCGUGAUAUGGAGUUGCUAUUGAAGAAGCUCUAUGUAAGGCGGAUGGCAGCAGAUCUUGGUAUCAGUCAGGUAUAUCCAUCUGGAAAAAUUAUCCUCAUGAAAACAAACAUGAACAAGAAGGUAUUUAGGCUCAUGACAGAAGCAAUGACUUCUGAAGCAUAUCGAAAUUCCCUAUCAUACGCUGGAAAGGAAAUUAAGGCUGAACUCCUCGUCAGUUUGCCAGACACACUAAUUCUGAACUGGCUUUUCCACUGCUUAGCAGACUGCUAUGCUGUAAUACCAGCCCUUGUGAAGUACUAGAUUAUACUGUCAUCAGAAGUGAAGGUUUCCGCCACUACCAUGACAGGGAAUAAACUAUCCAUGCUCAAGAGAAUGGUCUAUCUGAGAAAGCAAUCUUGGCUAUUUGUUUAGUCUGCGACGGAUGGUUCUUCCUUGCUUUGGUAUUGGCACUCAGGGACUGGCAAGCCAAGGCAUGCCCAAUCAUACGCAAUACUUAUUCUAGAAAAGCUCCAUCAAAGUUGUUAACAUAACGGAGUAAACCUAUACACAAACUGGAGGAUGCUCGAUGCGAAGCCGCAGAAUGCAUUUCUACAGUCGCUAAUAACGGUGGUCGAUGGAUUGCGUGUUGCGCAGUCACUAACGUCAGAUGCAGCAUGACAUAGUUAAAUCCAUUGGGAAGCGAUUCUACCUGACAAAAUAGAACAUAUUCAAAAUUCUUCUAGGAAUUUUUGAUAGAUGAACUAUCGAAAUGUUAACUUGACUAGCUGUUAGGGCCUUGUUGUUGACCUGACACCAUUUGUUUGACAAAAAACAUUAGCUAUCAGAGGGGAACUUGGGCCCAAUUGAACUGUAAGUCAAUAUAUUUGUUGUAAAUGCCUACCCAAACAGAUAGUGACACUGAUUAGUGGUUUAGCACAACAAGUUGUGUAACAGCAAGAUUUGUCCUUCAAAUUUUGUAGCUUAGCAUAGUAGAUGAUUGAUGAUGCAAAAAAGAAAAAGAAAACUGCAGAACCACACUCCGAUCUGUUAGAUGGGAAAUUUGAAUGAAAUGACUUUUUAUUUAUUUA